CGCGGAGUCCGAGCCGGUACCCCGCGCCCUGCGGCCGGCGGCGAUGAAGAUCUGGAGCUCGGAGCACGUGUUCGGCCACCCAUGGGACACCGUCAUCAAAGCUGCCAUGAGGAAGUACCCGAAUCCGAUGAACCCCUGUGUCGUGGGAGUUGACGUGCUAGAGCGCAGUGUGGACGGCCGGGGCCGGCUACACAGCCACCGCCUCCUCAGCACCGAGUGGGGGCUGCCCGGCUUCGUGAAAGCGAUUUUGGGGACCAGUAGGACUUUGACAUACAUCAAAGAACAUUCUGUUGUGGAUCCAGUAGAGAAGAAAAUGGAACUCUGUUCCACCAAUAUCACACUCACAAACCUGGUGUCGGUGAAUGAGAGGCUGGUGUACACGCCCCAUCCGGAAGACCCCGAAAUGACGGUGCUCACACAAGAAGCCAUCAUCACCGUGAAGGGGAUCAGCCUGGGCAGCUAUCUGGAAAGUCUGAUGGCCAAUACCAUAUCAUCCAAUGCAAAGAAGGGUCGCGAGGCCUUGGAGUGGGUGAUCGGCCGACUUAACACGGAGUUGGAGGGCCUGGCAGCCCCCGCCUGCGCCAGAGCGUGAAGCCCCCGCGGCGCCCAGGACCGGAGAAGCAGGCCCAGCAGCAGGUGCAAGGCGAUCACCAUCUCCCCCCACCCCCUUGCACCC